AUGGCGGUCCCACGGCAGAGGGUCUUGGACCUGAUGAGGGUCCAAUGCAAAGUCUUCAACACCACGUACAACCCCGAACGCAUCCGUCUCGGAUCGCGCAUCCUGCACCAGCGCCUCAAGGGUCCCGCCGUCGCUUCCUACUACCCGCCGCGGAUAGGAACAAUUAGUCAAUUGCGAAGCCUCUACCCCGAACACCAGAUCAUCGAUGAAGAAGAGGAAGACUGGCUAGAGCACCUCAAUGUUGCAAAGUCAAGAGGAAAGGGCGCGCCCAAGAAGAAGAGGACUGCUGCUGAAUCCAAGAAGUUCAACAAGAGGAAAUAG